AUGUUUAAUAAUAUUAACAAUAUUACUAAUAAUAAUAAUAUUUUUAAAUACAAGUUAAUGGUUAUAGGAGAUAAUCAAGUUGGGAAAAGUUGUUUUGUUAAAAGAUUUUGUAGAAAUAUAAUAGAUUUGGAUGAAAAUAUAACAGGAAAUAGUUUUUAUAAAAAAUCUAUAGUCUUUGAUGAUAAAGUUUUUAUAUUAGAAAUUUUGGACACACAGAACCUAGGGUUUAGAGAAAGAGAAAGGAAACCAUACAGAGAUAACAAUGGAGUAAUUGUAUUAUAUGAUGUAAAUAAUAGGGAGUCUUUCAGGAAUAUCACGUAUUGGUUAAACGAAGUUGCAAGACAUGCAUUCGAAGACGUAAAGAUUAUAAUAGUUGGUACUAAAAUAGAUAUACAAGAAACUUCUAUCAUUAAUAAUAAUAAUAUUUAUUACAAUAGAAAUAAUAAUAAGAUAAAAAGAGAAGUUUCAAUAGAAGAGGUUUCAGAUUUUUCCAAUUUAUUAAAUAUUCCCUUCAUAGAGUGUUCAUCAAAAUACAAUAUUAAUAUAGAACAAUGUUUCAUUCGAAUAGUUUCAGAAAUUUAUGAACUAGACAAAAUAAAAAACAAUUAUAAUAAUUAUAAUAUUAAUAAUAAUAAUAAUAAUAAUAAUAAUAAUAAUAAUAAUAAUAAUAAUAAUUAUAAUAAUAGUACAAAUAUUGAUAACAGAAAUAGGUGCACUUUAAAUUAA